UAAUGAUAAUGGACACUGUUGAAAGAUGACGUACUUAUUUGUAACUGAUUCUAAGCAUAUAUUUAGCAAGUGGUUUUAGUAUCGUUGUUAAGAUCAAUGUUUCCUGCGACUCCACACGGCAUAGUAGUCAUUAUAUCUUUGGAUAGUUAUUGUUUAAAAACAAGAAGUUACCCAUUUUAAUUAACACGUGGGCGUAUUAACUGAUUAUCGUGUUUUCCGGGAAAUUAUUUUGUAUGAUUUUUGCAGAAAUGUUUGAUUACUUAUAGAGACCAACACGCAUAGCAGUUAGUAUUUGCGAAGUGUUUAACAAAUUAAACUUUGGCAUGACACGACUCGAAGAAAAUCGUUUUCGUUCAGUAUCAGAAAGGUUGUUGUUAUAUUACCCCCAUUACAUUGUAGCUGGUAACAAGUUGUGCAAGGACGUAAGUACUUAUGUGGAUGAAGAUGUUACCAAAUCGCAACUCAAGCUUUUGCUUGAAGGGGUUAGCCCACCUUCAGAGUUAGCUAAAGGUGUGGACCCUGUAACGGAACUGGUUGUCAGGAAACAGAGGUGGCGUGAUGAACUUGAAAACAAAUUUGGGAUCCUCAGACGCAACAGGCGUGACGUUGCGGAAACGUUGGAUUGCUUCAACAAAUUCGCUACCCACGGCAAAACUGGAACCCUCAUGUCCGAGCGGAGAGUCAAACUUGUGAAGCACGUAAGCAAAGACCCGGAUUUGAAGUUCGAUGGCUGUUGUAAUUGGUAUUACUGUGGUGGCCAGCUAAACCAUUUUGAAAUUGAUGGCAGGAUUAUACUGACGUCGGCCCAAGGAAAUAAGUACGACAGCCUGUACUUUAUUCCUCUGAAGAAUGGGUUGGCAGAUUUGGCUGCGGCAGCAUGUGUUUCACCUGUGAAGAAGGAAACUAUCUUCCAAGUAGUUUCAUCGAAACACGGAUACACAGUGGCUCGAAGUAGAAAUCACAUAAAUCUGUACAAGGUGGAGAUUGAGCAAGAUGUGAUAGUUGGAAAUAAGUGUUUUACUGCAGUAUCCAAAGAACCUUUUGUUAGUGUUGAUUUAAGUAGAAAAAGUUACGACCAGAUUUGUAGUGUUCAUAUGGACAAUAAUUUGAGCAUCUGGGACGUGGCUACCCAAUCAAAAAUUUCUCACCAUGUUCCGUAUCAUUGUAGUCCUGUCGCAGAUGAAAAGUGGUCUGCCGCCGUGUUUGGGGAUUCACCGCACAUGCUGUUUUUCUCGGAUCGCUCGUGCGUCCGUCGCUUCGACCUCCGUCAGGGACUGAGCGAGCACGUCUCGUGUUGGUGCGUCCAGGACUCCAAGCACGCGGGCAUGCUGAGGUGCGAGAGCGUGUUCAGCGUGGUGCCGAGUGCCCGUCACGCCAGCAGGCUGCACGUCGGGACCACGCACCACUUGCUGACCCUCGACGUCAGGAACAACCACAGUGCCGCGUGCAGCGAGUUCUGGACCCACAUGCUGCGAUCGCCGCCGCUGUACGGCUGCUGCACGGGAGGCGAGCGGGAGGCCCUGGUGAUGGCUUCCCAGGACUCGUCAGAAGUGCAAGUGUUCAGUGACGGCUCCUUGAGUCCCGCCAUGCUGGAGUCCUUCUCCGACUACUUGAGGAGGAGCAACUGUUUCGGCCACAACCUUCGGCCCGACACGCAGCAGAGGUUCAGGUUGAGCAUCAGCGGCGUAACCUGCGUUACGAACGACGCACUCGAGUCACCGAUGGUUCUGGUACAAACCGCCGCCGGUGACAUCUUCCAGCACGAGUUGCUCGGACGGACAGACUUCCCAACGGCCGACAGUUCUGACACGGACGGACGUCUCUCUAGCAGAUGCACAGACACGCUGCAGUUCAGCAGUACCCUGGAAAUGAAUCAUCUUCACGAAGCUUUGAAAGUUCAUUGUGACGACAUAAAUCUGGAACGUAAUGAUCAACCUGUCCGUUCGAUAAUCAGCAGAUUUCCAUGGAUGAAGUCGAAAAGGAAAUUAUUAUCGUACAGAGACCUCUUGGUGUCUUCCAUAUUGGACACUUGGGACAUUGAUGCAAUGGAAGAAUGGAAAAAUGUUGGGAGGAAGAAAAGAAGAAGGCCUUUCGAGUAUGAUAUUCCUCCCAGCUUUUAUAAAAAGGCAAAGCAAUUGCUGGAUGAAUAUGAAUAUGAAUAUGAAUAAAGAAAAAAGAAAACAUCUGUGUUUGUGUCUCUCUCUAAAUAUAUAUAUAAAUCUAAAAAUGAAAGAAAAAAAGUGGGUAUAUUGCCUAUGCAAUGUAUGAUUUGUAUGUACCUAUAUAGUUACAGUUACAGUAUGCAUUCUUACAAACAUUUGAGUAUCAGGUCCACUUGAUGUCUCAAGGAAAGCAUCACAAACAUCUGCCCACAGCACUUCAAGCAAAUGGUGCCUUUCAGCAGCACUUUCCAAAAGAGAACAAUCUCCCAUGAAUUUUCCCGCAUUAUUAGCAGGAGCCACAAGAAUGUUAUGUUUCUUGGAAGAGCAAGCACGUCUGUUGCCGCCGCAGCAUUCAUAGUCUACAUCUUCGACGUAGUGGAUGGUUAAAAGGACAUAAUUCCGAAGGAAACCAAGUUGACUUGUGCCUGUUAUACCACCCACUACAGAAACAGACCCCAAAAAUUCUUAGUUCUUACAACUGUAAUUAAAACUAGUUAAAAUUAAAAAAAAAAAUAAUAA